CCCUACUCUCUCUCUCUCUCUUUCAACUUCCGAACCCCUUCCUUCCUCUUUAUCAAAUCUUACCUCUUCAUCUAUUCCCUCUACUCGAAUUCAUCUUUCACUUUACAACUCCUCAACUUUCGAAAAUAGACAAAUAAGAAACUAAAGCCAAAAAAAAAGAUGAUACCUCUUUCUCAUCCUGCUAUCGUUGACGGUUGGUUCAGAGAGAUAUCUUCACAAUGGCCAGGUCAGGCGAUGACACUCAAGGUCAAGGAGAUUUUACACGUUGAGAAAUCUCUUUACCAGGACGUACUCGUUUUCAAUAGUGAAACAUACGGGAAUGUCCUCGUUCUGGAUGGUGCUAUCCAAUGCACGGAGAGGGACGAAUUUGCAUACCAAGAAAUGAUCACCCACAUCCCCAUGGCAUCUCACCCUGACCCCAAACAUGUGCUCGUUAUCGGAGGUGGAGACGGUGGUGUCAUCCGCGAAGUUCUCAAGCACAAGAGCGUCGAAAAGGUCACCUUGUGUGACAUUGAUGAAGCCGUCAUCCGAGUAUCCAAAGAGUACCUACCUGCGAUGUCUGCAUGCUACAAGGACAAACGUGUCGAGGUCCACAUUGGCGAUGGCUUCAAAUUCCUUCCCGAUCACAAAGAUUCCUACGAUGUCAUCAUCACCGACUCUUCCGAUCCCGUCGGACCUGCCGAGGCUCUCUUCAAGCCUGACUACUUCAAACUACUCAAAGAAUCAUUGAAAAAGGGCGGAAACAUCAGCACUCAAGCUGAAUGUCUCUGGCUUCAUCUGCCACUCAUGAGGGAGCUCAAGCAGAAUUGCUCCAAGCUCUUCCCAGUGUGCGAGUUCGCCUUCACCACCAUCCCUACAUACCCCUCCGGCCAAAUCAGCGUCAUGAUUUGCUCCAAAGAGGAAGGUCGCAAAGUCACCGUACCUCUCCGUGCCGUCUCAGACACUAGAUACUACAACUCUGCCAUUCACAAGGCUGCCUUUACCCUUCCCGAGUUCGGUCGAGCCAUUCUUGAAGAAGGUACCAACGUGAUGCCCAAAUUCGCCCGCCCAGUCGUGCCCAAAACCACCAAAAAGAAGGUCCUCCUGCUCGGUUCUGGUCUCGUUGCCGGCCCCGCGGCAGAAUACAUCACUCGUCACAACCACGAACUCACCGUGGGAUGUCGGACCUACGCUACAGCUGAGGCCUUAUGUGCUGAUCUGCCUAACGCUUCACCCAUGACUGUCGAUGUCGGUUCGGCGGACGCUCUCCGACAGGCCAUCAAAGGCCACGAAGUCGUUGUCAGUUUGGUCCCUUACACAUAUCACGCCGCAGUCAUGCAGGCCGCAUUGUUGGAGAAGUGUGCGGUGGUCACUACAUCGUACUUCAACCCUCAAAUGCGAGCUUUGGAACAACAAUUCAUCGAUGCAGGUUUGAUCUGCUUCAACGAGAUUGGUGUUGACCCCGGUGUCGACCACCUCUGGGCUAUCAAAACCAUUUCCGAGGUGCACAAGGCCGGUGGGAAAAUCAAGAGCUUUUACAGUUAUUGCGGAGGUCUUCCGGAACCAGCUGCGUCCGACAAUGCGCUCGGAUACAAAUUCUCCUGGUCUCCCGCUGGCGUUCUCAUGGCCCUGAACAACGACGGUCAAUUCCUCAAAGACGGCCAGAUCGCUCGUGUGGACGGGAAAGAUCUCAUGCGCUCGGCUAAGCCAUACUACUUUUCUCCAGCAUACAACCUCGUCUGCUACCCCAACCGCGACUCUUCUGCCUUCAAGGAGUUUUACGGUCUGCAGGAUGUUCAGAACCUUGUGCGGGGCACUUUGAGAUAUGGCGGUUUCUGUGAAGUCAUCGAAGCUUGGAAAGAAAUCGGCUUGAUGGAUGAUACUCCUGUUGAAUAUCUCCAAAAAGGUGCCGAAGAGAUCACCUGGGUUCAGUUGAUGGGUAAAUUACUUGAUGUAGGCGCCACGGAAGAUGAAAUCUUGGCAAAACUCAAGACCCUCCAAUCGAUCCCUGCCGACCAAUACAAAAUCAUAACCUCUAAAUUCCGUCAACUAGGUCUCUUCUCAUCCUCUCCCGUCGCAAAGAGAUCAUCCGUCAUGCGCUCUCUCUCCGCAUUGCUCGAGGAGAGAUGUAGGUUCCAACCUGGUGAAGUUGACAUUGUCCUCCUUCAACACACUUUCGAGAUCAUUCAUGCCGAUGGACGUGAAGAAACCGUCACUUCGACGCUUGAGACGUAUGGGGAUAGGAAUGGUGGACCUUCUGCCAUGGCCAAAUUGGUCGGUGUACCAUGUGGUAUGGCAGUCCAAUUCAUCUUAGAGGGUGUAUUGACCAAACCUGGAGUACAUGCACCGUACGAAGAGGAAGUUUGUGCUUUGUUUAGGGAAAGGUUGGAGAAAGAAGAAGGGAUCACGAUGGUUGAGAAAACUGUUUAGAUUGUGGUGUUUUUGUUCGAUCUGAAUCUUGUAGAUAGAUAAAUCCUCCAGAUCUUAUGCACUACAACCUGUUUACCCCUUGUCA